AUGGCUGGCCAUACCUCGGCGGCACGAUUAUCACGAUGCAUCUCCCCACGCUAUUUUGGAGCCGGUAGCUCCGUCCGAUGUUUUCAAAGCAGUGCUGCUACACUUGCCCAUCAGACUCAACCGCUCUAUCCAUCCGUCGCACAACUCCUCCAUGAAAAUAACAUCCCAGAGUCAGAGAUUCCAAAGAUCCCUGCAACCGGUCCCCAAGGAAGACUCCUGAAGGGUGACAUACUCUCUUAUAUCGGUGCAAUCCCAUCGGACUACCCAUCAACCCUCUCCUCUCGGCUCUCCAAACUCGCACACCUUGACCUCAGCAACGUCAAGCCGGCCGCUCCGCCGGCAAAGCCUCGGCCGGAACAGCAGAAAGUAGCAGAAGCUGCACCAGAACCCACGCCAGUAGAGGAUCUGGAAACCACACUUGCGCUUCCGAUUUCGUUGUCCCGUGUCCUUAGCGUACAGCAACGAGUGCGUUCCGCCACCGGAGUCACGAUCCCGCUCGAGAAGUUUGUCGUGCGUGCAAUAGAUGUUGCGAACGAUGAGCUGCCUGCGACUCAAGGCUAUACCCGAAAAGAGGUUGCCGACCAGCUUUUUGACGAGUUAGUCGGCGUCCAUACUUAUAAACCACUUCCAACCAGUAAAGGGGCUUAUAUCCCGGAUAUUAUUUCGGCCGCAGAACUUGACUCUAUUCCCAAGCAGUCGAGUACAGAGGCGACUGAUAUAAUUGACAUUCUUUCGGGAAAGGCGUCAGUCGAGACAAAUUCACGUCGCCCAAGGACGACGUCACCUGCUGAGAGCGAGGAUGAAGCGCCCAUGUUUAGCAUCACCGUUCCCGAAUCAGAGAGGUUGAGGGGACAAGCAUUUUUGGACCGGAUGCAAGCCAUUUUGGAAGAUGAGCCCGAAAGGUUGAUGACAGUUUAG